CAGUGAGGAAGGAAAACAUAGACUUACUCUAUCAACCUGUACCCACGGGAGUCCUAGCACCCACGCCAUUAUUUCAGCACAGGUGACAGUGGAAUGAUGAAGACCACGGUGGCUCUGCUUCUGCUCUGUCUGUGUGAUUUCGGACAGAGCGACUGCCAAGCAGACUGUUUAUCCUGUAACAAUAUACUGCCCAAACGGCUCAGCUUUAACACAAUGGUUUGUCUUAUUGAGUGUGAAGGUAACGUCUCCCCAGCUUUUUCUUGGGACUUUUGUCGUAAGGCACUGCUUAUACCAUUAGAGGCUGUAAAAGGUGUGGCAAGAAAAAGAUCUCAGGAGGAGGUGGAAUCAUUCAUGCCAGAUGAAGAGGAGCCCAUAGACAAAGAGCUGUUUCUGCCAAUAGCCUUGCAGCGAUUCGAUCAUAUGACUCGGUCAUUUGGAAUUGAUGAGAGUGACGUGGGAGACACGGCCUACAAUUCCCAGAAUGCCUUGUCUCUUGAGGACAACUUGGAAAAUGAGGCAGGGCAAGGCGACGUUGACCCUGAUGUGGCUACAAGAGCCCUGGAUGGUGUGGGGUUGAGUGUUUCAAAGAGGUUCGGGGGCUUUAUAAAGGGGAGGCAUGGCUACAAGAAGAUUAUGUCCCCAGGAAGAUCAUAUCAGAAAAGAUACGGUGGCUUCAUUGGCAUUCGAAAGUCAGCCCGCAAAUGGAACAACCAAAAACGUUUCAGUGAAUUCCUGAAGCAGUACCUAGGCAUGAGUGCUAGAGCAACUGAAUUCAACAGUGUGUCAGAGGACCUCACCUCUCAAAAUGAAAUCUAGCAGGG